AUGAGCGCUCAGGACGACGACGACGAAGACGUGCCUUCACAGAUCCUCAAGCACGUGCUCCUCGGGUCCAGGAAGCACGCACGUAACAAGGAGCUGCUGCAGAGACUUGGCAUCACGCAUAUUUUGAAUGUGACGCCUCCGAAAAAAAUGGACCCGGUGGCAGGUGUGCCUAAUUUCUUCGACAAGGACAAGCUCUUUACGUAUCGUCGAUGCCCUAUUUUCGACAACAAAGCGGAGGAUAUUUCAGGAGUGCUGGAAGGUUGUAUUGCCUUCAUCGACCAAGCAAAAUACUAUGGUCGGAUUCUUGUUCAUUGCAAUAAAGGAGUGAGCCGCUCGUCGUCCAUGGUUGUGGCGUACCUCAUGAAAUUGCGCUCGCUGAGCUUUGACCAGGCGUUGUCCUUCGUAGUGGAGCGCCGUCACAUGGCCAAUCCCAACCAGAGUUUUUGUCGGCAGUUGGAGGAGUACGGGCGAUCUCUUCAGCGCAGUGUACCAAAGGAGAAAGGGGCUAUUCGUGGUCCCGUGGGUCCUCAACUACCCUCUACUGCUGGAAGUGGCGAAGACGCUGCUGCGAUAGGACCAAGACUUCCGCCGCACUUGUCCAGAAGUCUGGGUAAAGACAAAGUUGAUGCUGAUGCCGAAGCGAAGAGUGACGAGGCCACCGAGCCAUGCCUGAAGCGCCAACGAGUGGGAAACAACGAUCGCGGUGGAAACGCUGAGGACUGUGAGACGUGCACGAAGAAGAUUCGAGUGGACAAGACUUAG